AUGAGGAUCCACACCGGAGAGAAACCAUUCACAUGCACUCAGUGUGGAAAGAGAUUCAACCAAUCAUCACACCUUAAUCUACACAUGAAAAUCCACACUGGAGAAAAACUAUUCACUUGCACUCAGUGUGGGAAGAGUUUCGGCCAAUCAUCGUACCUUAAUCUACACAUGAGGAUCCACACUGGAGAGAAACCAUUCACAUGCACUCAGUGUUGGAGGAGUUUUAUUUGCUCAUCACACCUUAAUCAACACAUGAGGAUCCACACUAGAGAGAAACCAUUCACAUGCGCUCAGUGUGGGAAGAGUUUCAGCAGCUCAUCAAACCUUUAUCAACACAUGAGAAUCCACACUGGGGAGAAACCGUUCACAUGCACUCAGUGUGGGAAGAGUUUUAACUGCUCAUCAAACCUUAAUCAACACAUGAGGAACCACACUAGAGAGAAACCAUUCAGAUGCACUCAGUGUAUGAAGAGUUUUAACUGCUCAUCAGACCUAAAUCUACACAUGAGGAUCCACACUGAAGAGAAACCAUUCACAUGCACUCAGUGUGGGAGGAAUUACAGCCAAUCAUCAUCCCUUAAGCGACACAUGAUGGUGUCUAAGAUCAAGCCCAUUCUUCUCUCCCCCCUGCAGCCCAUAACCUCUGCUACUCUACGUCCCAGACUGGUUGAGGGUGCAUUCACAUACACAGUGCACUGGCUCCUGGAUGAACAUCAUGUCAAGAUUGAGGACAAAACUCAUUUAGAGACUGAUGGUAUUUUAAAAGUGAGAGACAAGAGUUGUUUUACCUGCACUCAGUGUGGAAAGAGUUUGGCAAUCAAAAGCAAACUGAAGAUUCACUUGAGGAUUCACACUGGAGAAAAGCCAUUCACAUGCACUCAGUGUGGGAAGAGUUUUAGCCACUCAGCAAACCUUAAUCAACACAUGAGGAUCCACACUGGAGAAAGACCAUUCAAGUGCACUCCAUGUCGGAAGAGUUUCAGCCAAUUAUCAUCCUUUAAGCAACACAUGAGGAUACACACUGGAGAGAAACCAUUCACAUGCCCUCAGUGUGGGAAGAGUUUCAGCCAAUCAUCAAAUCUUAAUCUACACAUAAGGAUCCACACUGGAGAGAAACCAUUCACAUGCCCUCAGUGUGGGAAGAGUUUCAGCCAAUCAUCAAAUCUUAAUCUACACAUGAGGAUCCACACUGGAGAGAAACCAUUCACAUGCCCUCAGUGUGGGAAGAGUUUUAGCCAAUCAUCAAAUCUUAAUCUACACAUGAGGAUCCACACUGGAGAUAAACCAUUUACAUGCACUCAAUGUGGGAAGAGUUUUAGCCACUUAUCACACCUUAAUCAACACAUGAUGAUCCACACUGGGGAGAAACCAUUCACAUGCACUCAGUGUGGGAAGAGUUUCAGCCAAUCAUCAUCCCUUAAUCAACACAUGAGGAUCCACACUGGAGAGAAACCAUUCACAUGCCCUCAGUGUGGGAAGAGUUUCAGCAAGUCAUCCUCGCUUUAUAGACACAUGAAGAUCCACACUGGAGAGAAACCAUUCACAUGCCCUCAGUGUGGGAAGAGUUUCAGCCUAUCAUCAUCACUUUAUAGACACAUGAAGAUCCACACUGGAGAAAAACCAUUUACAUGCACUAAGUGUGGGAAGAGUUUCAACCAAUCAUCAUACCUUAAUAAACACAUUAGGAUCCACACGGGAAAGAGAUCAUUCACAUGCACUCGGUGCGGGAAGAGUUUCACCCACUCAUCACACCUUAAAAAACACAUGAAGAUCCACACUGGUGUGAGAGAGUAAAUGUGCUUGGAGUGCGAGAAGACUUUUAUUACUGCUGCAGAAUUGAAACAGCACCAGAGGAUUCACACUGGAUAAAAACCGUACAAGUGUUCACUCUGCAGUAAGAGGUUUAUCACUCAGGAACCCUGUGAACACAUUAGAGGAUUCACACUGGAGAAAAACCGUAGACAUGAUCAGUGUGUGCAGAGUUUUACUCAUUCGGGGCAGCUUAAGAAACACAUGGGAUGGUUUCCAGUAUGGCGUUAACACAUGUAGCAGCAUAGAAAGAGCGCUCCCAUACACACUGGUAUUAAUCCUUCUUUUUACAUCAUAUGUAAUAACCAAAACCAUAUUUAAAUAACAUGAAGGGGGACAAAAACAAAAAGGCUAGGACAAAACAACCAUUGAA